AAAUCUGAUUUUAAACCUAAACAACACUGCUAACCUUUUUAUGCCUAACCUUAAAUUAAGACCAAAAACUGAUUUUAGUUUUCAUGAAUUUUUACGAUGUACACUUUUAAUUUUGUGGCUGUGUAGUGACAACCCAAUGUCAGUGACUCGUGCCUUAGCACAGCGUUAAAUUACUGCGCUUCAUACAUUUACUACAUUGCAGAUUGAUAUUUAGGAAACGGGGGUCAUCUAACUCAGCAUCUUGCAUAUGCGAAUCAUCCACCUGCUACAGGUAAUCUACAUAUAUUCAAUCGCUGUUUCUCUGACAUAGAAAUAGACCAGGCGGAAUAUUAUUGGUAGUGAUUGUAGCCUAUAGACUACGAUAUGGGAUACAGCACAUUCCCACAGACACCGAUAUUCGUAUCACUAACUGGACCAGUAGUGAAGGUAUCUAUGUCUGAAUUUGGCAAAUCCAACAUUUGGAAAUGAAGUUAAUUUCAUGUGUAUGCUCCGGUGGUUGGGCUUCUUACUGUUUUCAGGAACAUGGCACCAGGACCAGGUUUCAGUGAUGAAAAGAAUGAGACAUGCUGCGAGAGGUACAGUAACAUCUAAUAAGUAAUGGUUGGAUCACGUCAUUGUCUAUAACUAUAUCAUCAAAGUGAUUUGAUUAGUUUUGUUGAGUGAAAAUGUAAUGAAUUCAACAACAUCAAAAUGAGAAAUAACACCCUAAUAAAGCUUUUACUUUUGUGCUGUACAUUUUACAUUAACUUUUAACAGAAGGCUGACCACUACCUUUAAUCAGUGGACAAUAUUUGAAACGGCAGAGGUGUGUCAUGCAGAGAAAUUGACUUCCUGCACAGAAGCACGUAUCAUUGACUAUUACAUUAUUCCAUAUAAGGAAAUAGGAAAGUGACUCACAACCAGGCGGUUUCAUUCUAUUGACAUACAGUAAUACGAAGACAAUGAGGACAUGUUGAACCAAACCAUCAAACAUGCUUUAUGAACACGGGUCCAGAAGUUUAGGAGGAAGUAAAAUAUAAGACUGGUCUACCCUAAAUGUCCUUUUAUGAUUGAUUUCCUUAGUGAAAGCACUGUCUAUGUGCAUAACCCACACCUGGAUGGGAUGAAAGAAGACGUUCUCUACCACUUUAACCUGGGGACCUCCACACACAACCUGCCUGCCAUGUUUGGAGAUGUCAAGGUAAGGUUACUGAUUGAUUCAUUAGGCUAUUAGCUAGAUUGCAUCAGUAAAUGGACAUUCAUAACAUCCUAAUUCCUGCAUUCAAUAUGCUCAUCUUUUCUGUAUUCAUCUGGUUUCCCAGAUACAGAUAAAGCCUAGUCCUGGACAAAAAAAACCUUUCAAGGGACAUUCUCCAUAGAACAUGCAUUUUAAUCCAGGACUAGGCUUAAUCUGGGUUCAGGAAAGCAGCCCUGUAUUUCUAUAGACUUUUUGUAUUCAACCCAGGACGUUAACAUUUACGCCGUCUGCUCUCAUGUCCAUGUCUCAGUUUGUGUGUGUUGGGGGCAGUCCCUGGAGAAUGAAGUCCUUCAUAGAGUAUAUUGCUGGAGAGCUGAGUCUGGAGGACCCCAAGGCUGAGUACCCUAACAUCUGUGCAGGAACUGACCGCUACGCCAUGUACAAGAUUGGCCCCGUGCUCUCCGUCAGCGUACGUGAAGAAAUACAAUACUAGUAUCCAUUUCAAUCACUUAUGGUUUAUUAUAGUGUCACUAGAUGUUAGUAAGUUAACAUGGGUUGGGACUCAAAUGGUACCCAAUAUUGCACUACUUUUGACAAGGGCUCUGGACAAAAGUCGUCACUAGGGAAUAUGGUGCCAUUUGGGACACACUCACGAUGUUGCACCUUCGGGUGGAAUUGUAAUCGAUGCCCUGGGAAUGAAAGGUAAUAUAAAGGAAUAGAGAAGGUUUCUUUGUCAAAUCAAUGGACAUGUUGGUGUAGCAGCUUGUUCUGCCAAACAGACUGAGUUGAGUGGCCUAAUCAUUGUCUUCCUUCAGAUGGCGUCAUUCUAACGCAACCGCGUUGCCAUGAACUAGUGCAGACAAGGUGGUCACGCUAUCUGACGUAAGACAGUGGUUGUGUAAUGUGAUACAUUUAUGACAUCACGUGUCUCUCUCUCUCUCUCUCUCUCUCUCUCUCUCUCUCUCUCUCUCUCUCUCUCUCUCUCUCUCUCUCUCUCUCUCUCUCUCUCUCUCUCUCUCUCUCUCUCUCUCUCUCUCUCUCUUUUACAGCAUGGUAUGGGUAUCCCCUCCAUCGCCAUCAUGUUACACGAGCUCAUCAAGCUCCUCUACCAUGCUCGCUGCACUGAUGUUACCAUUGUACGCAUUGGGACCUCCGGUGGAUUAGGUAGGCCUAUAUAUACUUUAUUUAGACGUUUUCUGUCAGGUUGUACUUCUCAAGUGCUUUGGAUAUGAUUUAAUUCCUUUAUGAUUAAACACAGCACACCUGAAUCCCACUAUAGUCAAACGAGUAAUAACACUAAUAUGUGGUGUUUAAAUCAAUCAAUCAAUUCAAGUCCUUUUAUUAAGCUAAAGUUGCAUCCCAAAUGGCACCCUAUUCCCUACAUAGUGUACUACUUUUGACCAGGGCCCAAAGGUAGUGCACUUUAUAUGGAAUAGGGUGCCAUUUGGGACACAAGCCUAAAACAAGCUAUAUUUGCUAUACAUUGUACAUACACUGAUCCACUUUCUCUCUCCAGGCCUUGAGCCUGGCACGGUUGUUGUCACCAAGCAGUCAGUAGACGCCACCUUCCUGCCCAGGUUCGAGCAGGUCAUCCUGGGGAAUACUGUGGUGCGUAGCACGGACCUGGACCAAGGGCUGGCUGAAGAGCUGCUGCAGUGCAGCAAGGACCUGGGUCAAUUUGAAACGGUCGUAGGAAACACCAUGUGCACCAUGGAUUUCUAUGAAGGUGUCGGUUGUUAUACGCUACUUCAGUAUUUUGCUUGUUGUCUGCGAUUCUGUCUUUUUCAAAUGUGUUCCUGUGUUAGCAUGGUACCUGACCUGUUUUUGCUCCUGUCAACUCCAUUGCUGUCAUUGUAAUGCCAAACAUGUUAGGCAUGACAAUGAGUGAGUUGGCAUGACAAUGAGUGAGUUGGCAUGAUGGCACAAACAGACUGGCACUCAGGUUAUAUUGAUGAGCCUUAAUAGAGUUACUGUGGGUAGCUAGCUGGUGUUUUGUGUGUCCAGGACAAGCUCGUCUGGAUGGGGCCUUCUGUUCCUACACAGAGAAGGAUAAACAGGACUACCUGACCAAGGCCUAUGAGUCUGGGGUUCGCAACAUCGAGAUGGAGUCUUCCGUGUUUGCUGCCAUGUGUAAACUCAGCGGUCUAAAAGGUACACCGCUGGUGUAG